AUGAAUCAUACAUACUUGCCUAUUUGGUUUGGUGCUUUAGUUCUGCUAUGGAGUUUUCUUGUUUAUUUGUAUUAUGUUUUGUGGUGGAAGCAUGAGAGCUAUAAAAUAAAGCUUAUUAGAAAGCAAGGGAUCACAGGUCCUCCGCCUUCAUUGCUAUUGGGAAACUUACCAGAAAUGGAGAGAAUGAUGUCUCAAAAUCCUGAAACUCCAAAAAUAGAUGGUUCCUUGACUGUCUUACCAUAUUUCAAGCAUUGGACCAACAUCUAUGGUAAGUUAUUCAAGUUUGCAGUUGGAGUACAAUUGUUAUACGUGAAUAAUCGCAUUGUGAAGGAAAUUAAUAGCUUCACAUCAUUGGAGCUUGGAAAACCUGCUUACCUACGAAAUGAAAGAGGAGCUUUACUUGGUAAAGGCCUUAAUGUCACCAAUGGUGCAGUUUGGUAUCAUCAGAGAAAGACCGUUGCUCCCCCGCUCUACAUGCACAAGGUUAAGGAAAUGGUGAAUCUGAUGGUGGAGUCUAGUAGCAUACUUGUUAAAUCAUGGGAGAAGAUAAUUGAUGCAAAUGGUGAGGGUGGAAUUGUUGAUAUAGUGGUGGAUGAGCAUGUGAAAAAUUUUACUUCUCAUAUAGCCUCAAAAAUAAUAUUUGGAUCUGAUCAUCAUAAAGGAAUAAAAAUAUUUCCCAAAUGUGAAGCCCUUCUCAAGGCUAUUGGUACAACCACAACUCUUGGUAUUCCAUUUUUAAGAUUUCUUCCCAUAGAAAGGAACAGAAAAUCAUGGGGAUUAGCAAAAGAGAUCCGUGGGAUCAUUAUGGAGAUAGCUAAGGAGAGAACUGGAUCUAUAUCUCAUCAGGACUUAUUACAAGCUAUCAUUGAAGGUUCCAAGAAUGGUGAGCUUGGGACGUUAACAGAAGAUGAGUUCAUAGCUGACAAUUGCAAAAAUAUGUUCCUUGGUGGAUACCUACCCCCUGCUCUUGCUGCAGUUUGGGGUUUAAUGUUGCUAGCUUCACAUCCUGAGUGGCAAGAUCAUGCACGGUCUGAUGUUUUAGAUGUUUGUGAGGGACAAGUACAGCUCCUAGAUUUCAAUAUUCUCAGCAAGAUGAAAGUGGGUGACAUUGGCGACAAGGAGGAAAUGCAAGAUGUGAAGCUUGGUGAUUUGCAGGUUCCAAAAGGUAUGGGCAUUUGGAUUUGGCUGCUAUCAUUGCACCGUGAUCCAGAGCUUUGGGGACCUGAUGCAGACACAUUUAAUCCUGAGAGGUUCAUAAAUGGAGUUACAGGAGCUUGCAAGUCUUCACAAGCCUAUAUACCUUUUGGAUUGGGAGCUCGAGUGUGUCCUGGGCAGAAUUUGGCUGUGAUAGAAUUGAAGGUGUUCUUUGCUGUCAUACUCUCCAAUUUCAAAUUUACAAUCUCUCCCGACUAUCAACACUCGCCUACUUACGGUCUCCUUUUGGAGCCCGAGCAUGGUGUGAAUCUCCUUAUUCAAAAGAUAUGA